AGCGUGUCCACACGCUCCCAAAUGCGUUGGAAUUCGGCAUUUCUCCUGAGAAACGUUGACCUUCUUCUUCUACUUGCAAAAGAUAGAAUUUUUGAAACCCUAGGCGAAAGAGAGAAAGCCCGCUGCUCUAAUGUUUGUCUUUCUUAACGUUUCCUUCUACAGCCAAAUCCUCCAUUGAUGAAUAUAAUAAUUAGAAGCAUUCCGAUUGUACCUCUUUUUUACAUCACCUUACACAAAAAUAUUAGAGUAAACAAACGCUAAUCUUAUCUAUUCUAAUCUCUCUCUGGAUCAGCUAUAAUCAGAUUCUGGUCAUAGAGAGAGAAUAAAGGUUUUUUUUUUAAAAAAAAUUUUUUUUUUUGAAAAAGAAUUGUUACAGCUAUUUGAAUUUGUGGACUUUUCAUUUUUAAUAUUUUAAUUUGUAAUUAAGAAAGAAGGCUUUGUUUUAAAUCAAUCAAAAUCGAAGUUUAUAGGUUAAAGCUUGUUUUUUUGAAGAGUUGUGAUCUUUUUUUUUUUUAAAUAGUUAAAGUUAUAUGAAUUUGUAAAGUUCUCAUUUUUCAAAUUUUCUUCUGUUUUAAUAUCCGUUUGAUGAUUAAUCAAGAGGGUUUUGAUUAAAAUCAAUCAAAAUCGUUGCUUGUGCUAAAAAAAAAAAGCUUUGUUUUUUAAGUUUUUUUUGGGGUUUAUUUGUGGAUUUAUUAUUAAAUGGGAAAGCCGACUGGGAAAAAGAAGAAUAAUCUGGCAUCACCAAGAGCCGGUGAUGCUAGCCUAAGGCAAAGCAAAACUAUGACGGAUCGGACAUCAAAGGCUUUUGAUGAAGACACAGCAAUAUUUAUCAACAUGUCACAAGAGCUCAAAGAAGAAGGGAACAAGCUUUUCCAAAAGCGUGACCAUGAAGGUGCUAUGUUAAAGUAUGAGAAAGCUGUCAAGUUACUUCCAAGAAACCACAUAGAUGCUGCUUAUCUUCGCAGCAAUAUGGCCUCCUGCUAUAUGCAAAUGGGUCUAGGUGAGUAUCCUCGUGCUAUUAAUGAGUGCAAUUUAGCUUUAGAGGUCUCUCCUAAGUAUAGCAAAGCUUUGUUGAAAAGAGCAAAGUGCUAUGAGGCUUUGAAUAGAUUAGAUUUGGCUUUGAGGGAUGUUAAUAAUGUUUUGAGUAUGGAGCCUAAUAAUUUGACGGGGUUGGAGAUAUUGGAGAGUGUUAAAAAAGCUAUGACUGAAAAAGGUGUUGAUUUUGAUGAGAAAUUAAUUGGUUUGGCUAAUCAAGAGCUGAGUGGUGCUGCCCGGUUGCGGAAGGUAGUUAAGGAGAAGGUGAAAAAAAAGAAGAAGAGUGAUAAGGUGUUGGAGAAGAAGAAGAGUGAUAAAAUGUUGGAGAAGAAAGUGGAGGAGAAGGAGAAGAAUAAGGUAGUUUUAGAGGAGAAGAGGGCAAGUGCUGCUAUCAAGGAUAAAGAGGUGGUAAUGAAAACUAUUGAGGAAGAGAAAGUGGUUAAGAAGGAUGUUAAGGAGGAAGUGAUUACCAAGACAGUGAAGUUAGUAUUUGGGGAGGAUAUCAGGUGGGCACAGUUGCCUUUGAAAUGUAGCAUUGGGUUGCUGAGGGAUAUAGUUCGAGAUAGGUAUCCUGGUUUGAAGGGUGUUCUUGUGAAAUAUAAGGACCCUGAAGGUGAUUUGAUUACAAUUACUACUACAGAGGAGCUAAGGAUGGCCGAUUCAUCAGGUGAUUCUCAAGGGUCCCUUAGGUUCUAUAUUGUUGAAGUCGGUCCUGAUCAAGAACCAGCUUAUGAGGGCAUGAAAUUUGUAGAGGAGGUCCGCACGGUUGAUAAGCAACAGAGUGAUGCUGUUGAGAAUGGGGUAGGGAAAGGUGUAGAAGUUGAAAAGGGAUCACUUUGCAUUGAUGACUGGAUUGUCCAGUUUGCACGGUUAUUCAAGAACCAUGUUGGGUUUGAUUCUGACUCAUACUUGGAUCUUCAUGAACUAGGGAUGAAACUAUACUCGGAGGCUAUGGAGGACACUGUAACGAGUGCAGAAGCGCAGGAACUUUUUGAUAUUGCUGCAGAUAAGUUCCAAGAGAUGGCAGCAUUAGCUUUGUUUAAUUGGGGAAAUGUUCAUUUGUCCAGGGCAAGGAAACGGGUAUUCUUCUCUGAAGAUGGUUCAAGCGAGUCUAUACUUGCACAGGUUAAGAAUGCAUACGAGUGGGCUAAAACUGAAUAUGCAAAGGCAGCAAUGAGAUACCAUGAAGCUUUAAAAGUUAAACCUGACUUCUAUGAAAGUCUUCUUGCACUUGGGCAACAGCAGUUUGAGCAAGCAAAGCUUUGUUGGUAUCAUGCUAUUGGAAGCAAGUUGGAUUUAGAAGAUGGCCCGUCAGAGGAGGUCCUUGAUCUUUAUAACAAGGCUGAGGACUGCAUGGAGAAGGGCAUGCAGAUGUGGGAAGAGAUGGAGGAGCAGCGUCUAAAUGGACUUUCCAAAUUUGACAAAUACAAAGACCAGUUACAGAAAUUUGAGUUGGAUGGGCUGUUGAAAGAUAUACCAGCUGAAGAAGCAGCAGAGCAGGCAGCCAAUAUGAGUUCGCAGAUAUAUCUUUUAUGGGGCACCAUGCUCUAUGAGCGCUCUGUUGUGGAGUAUAGGCUAGAGCUACCAACUUGGGAAGAAUGUUUAGAGGUUGCAGUUGAGAAGUUUGAGCUUGCUGGUGCUUCCCCAACUGACAUAGCUGUUAUGAUAAAGAAUCAUUGUUCCAAUGAAACGGCACUUGAAGGUUUGGGGUUCAAAAUUGAUGAGAUAGUACAGGCAUGGAAUGAAAUGUAUGAUGUUAAGAGGUGGGAGAGCGGCAUUCCAUCUUUCAGGCUGGAGCCAUUGUUUCGGCGGCGGGUUCCGAAACUUCAUUAUCUAUUGGAGAAUGUUUGAUUUUUUUGCUGGUAGUCAGUUAUUCUUUAGGAGUGUUGGCAGUGCUUGAGUUUUCAGUAAUUCAUUUUUCGAAUGUUAAGUUGCCAUCAGUUAAUAUAGGUCAUUUUUGUUUUUUGUUUCCUGGGAACUGUUAUGUAUUUUGAGAUCGUUGUCUGCUAUGGGGGCAAAUAAUGGAAGUUCGUGUAGCAUCAGUUGUGGAAUGAAAACUGAGUUGAUUAUUAUUGUUGCAUUUUCAGAGGUUUACGCAAAUAGCGAGUUGUGAAGCUGGUUAACCAUCGUACUUCUGAUAUCCUCUUUUUUCUUCCUUUUGGGUAUUUUUAAAGGUUUUGUCUUCAUAGUGUAGUUGCUGUAAUUCACAGUUGAAAUAGUGGGUAUAAGAUUGAUUUGUUCAUUCUACAGAUUCAAGUAAUUUUGUUAUUUAUGCAGGCCCGGUUGCCUCUGUUACUCUGUUAUCCAUCUUUGGCAUUUUUUAUUCUCUUUAAUGUAACAAUUUGUUGGUUUUGUGAGAAAUAAAGCAGUGUUCUUCCUCA